AUGUCGUCCGAGACAGAGGGAGCGGACAACGGGACUGGUAAGGUCGACACUGCCCCAGCCAGAAAGCCAAGGCCCUCCAAGCCCCUAAUCCCCAAGGACGACGUCGAAGCUAUUCAGAAAAGACACGACGAGGCAAUCGCUUGUAUUCACCCUGACACCAAGAAGCAUCCGUCUAUGUAUCAGCGCGUCGUAGAGUUGAUCAAGAAGUGCAAUGUUCGCCGUGGUUGGGCCGACACUCAGUUCUACAAGGACUUUACAGCCUGGUGUCGCGUCUCUGGACUUGAUGCUAAGCCUGAUCAUGAGGUCUUGCUUGCCACACUUGCGGUUCAUGAAUCCCUGGGCGGCAACAACUUCAAGUUCGCCCAAGAAAUCAGAAAUCGUGGCCUCGAGCAAUGGCUAGAGCAAGAGCUCAAGAAACAUCGACCUUUCGUAUCAACACCUACUCCAGCUGAGCCAGAGACGCCUCCAAUCAAAACUGAACCUGGGACUAGGAGCCAAGGACCAGAGCGGGGACAGGCCGAUUCUUCUCGCAGGAACAACAGCCAACCUGCGAACAAGCGUGCAAGCGCUCAGGAAGAUCAGCAAAGAAUUGUCCUCCGAGACGCAGGGACGCAGACCGACAACGACAUCUCUAUGGGGAGAAUCUCGGAGCCAAUGCUUGAGGCGACCAAAGCCAUGAAGGAGAACAAUGAGAAGCAGGACGAACAAAUCCGAACGUUGAUGGAACACAAUCGAUUGCUCGCUGAUCUUCUUGAGAGAGUUCAAGCUUCCCAGCUGAGGGCUGCGGAAAGUAUUCCCCGACAGCACUAUCAAGGUCAGCCCCAGGAGAUCAUUCCGCUGCAAGCUGUCAAUCAUCAGCCGCCUACGUACUACUACGAACGCUCUCGAGUGUCCGGCAACAGUGGCCAGAUCUUCAGGUUCGACUAA